UCAUGCUCUGUCUCUCUCUGUCCCAAAAAUAAAUAAAAACGUUGAAAAAAAAUUAAAAAAAAAAUAAAUUACCCAAAUGAAAAGAGAACUAAGGGACCCUGCAUUAUGCAAGCUGCCCAGUCAACACCCCCAGCCUUCUCAUCCACCCACGAGACUCCUUGAGAAAUUGGAGUUCCAGAUAAGAAGCGAUGUACUUCCUUCUUCAUUAGCUCUGAUAAGCUGCCAGGGUAAGAAACAAGAACUUUUCAUCUUGUGGGAACCCUUGGCACGUCCUGUUUGAGAGUGCUUCUCAAUUGUUGCUUCUGAUAUCGCAGUGCUAUGGGAAGCAGGUGUCUGCCCCUGCUCUCAGGUCUCACUGUCCUGCUGGCUCUGUCAGGAUCACUUGUCAAAAAUUCUGAAGGUCUCUGUCCCAAGUGCCCUGAAAAUGCCAGCUGCUCCAACAGUACCCACUGUGCUUGUAAAGAUGGAUUUCAGUCCGUGUCUGGGAGGAAGUACAUUGAGCCCCAUGAGAAGUGUGAAGAUAUCGAUGAGUGUGAGACUGGUCUGGCAAAGUGCAAGAAGAAAUCCUACUGCAGAAAUGAAAUUGGAAGUUACUACUGCAGCUGUGUCCCAAAUUCUGUCUUCAACUUUGUGGCUGGCUUAUUUAAAUUAGAUUAUAAAGAGUGUUAUGAGGCCACUGGUGAGGAGAUACAGGUCUCAAGGGACAUUCAGGAAAUUCUGAUGAACAAUGGAAGCAAAAAUCACAUUGCAAAAGUGGCGACCCAAGUACUUCAAGACACGGAACUGAUCGUAUGGACUGAGACUUUAGCUUUUCCAGGAAAGUAUGAGAAUUCUACGCUUGGUAUAGUUUAUGAAACCAAGAGGUGCAAUGACACAAGUGAGAAGACUCUUCUGGAGGCUGGAAAUAACACUAUGGAUAUCAACUGUACUGAUGCUUUCAAAGGAACCAUAGGAGAUAGAAGUGCAGUUGCACUUAUCACUUAUCAAUCUCUUGGGGAUAUUCUGAAUGGAUCUUUUUUUAAUGAUGGAAGAGGGACACAGGAAGUGAAACUGAACUCUCGUGUCACAAGUGGCACCAUUGGUAUGAAGGAAAAAGUAUAUCUCUCUGAACCUGUGUUCCUGACCUUCCAAAAUAUACAGCCUGGUGGUGCAAGAGCAAAAUAUUUCUGUGUCUCCUGGGAUGCAUCAGAGGAGGGGGGCGCCUGGUCAAUGGAGGGCUGCUCUCAUGUGGGCAGCAACGAUUCACACACCCGAUGCAAAUGCUUCCACCUUUCCAGCUUUGCUGUUCUCAUGGCUCUUGUUCCCAAGGUGGAUCCUGUGCUGACUAUGAUCACCUAUGUGGGGCUGAGCCUCUCCCUGCUGUGCCUCCUCCUGGCAGCCCUCACCUUCCUCCUGUGCCGACCCAUCCAGAACACCAGCACUUUCCUCCACCUGCAGCUUUCCAUUUGUCUCUUCCUGGCCCAUCUGCUCUUCCUAACAGGGAUUGACCAAACUAAGCCUGAGGUGCUGUGCUCCAUCAUCGCUGGUGUGCUGCACUACCUCUACCUGGCCUCCUUCACUUGGAUGCUCCUUGAAGGGCUACAGCUUUUCCUAACCGUCAGAAACCUCAAGGUGGCCAACUACACCAGUGCAGGCAAAUUCAAGAAGAGGUUCAUGUGCCCUUUUGGCUAUGGGGUUCCAGCUCUGAUUGUGGCUGUGUCUGCAAUAGUAGGACCCCAAAAUUAUGGAACAUAUGAUCGCUGCUGGCUCAAGCAUGAUAAAGCGUUCAUCUGGAGUUUUAUGGGACCAGUGGCAGUCAUUAUCUUGAUAAACUUGGUGUUCUACUUUCAAAUCCUGUGGAUUUUGAGAAGUAAACUUUCCUCCCUCAACAAAGAAGUUUCUACCAUUCAGGAUACCAGAGUCAUGACAUUUAAAGCCAUUGCUCAGCUAUUUAUACUGGGCUGUUCUUGGGGCCUUGGCUAUUUUAUGGUUGAAGAGUUCGGGAAGGUGAUCGGAUCAGUCAUUGCCUACACAUUCACCAUCAUCAAUGUCCUGCAGGGGGUUUUGCUCUUUGUGGUACACUGUCUCCUUAAUCGCCAGGUGCGAAUGGAAUACAAGAAGUGGUUUAGUGGGAUCUGGAAAGCGAUUGAGACUGAAAGCUUUGACGUAUCUCGCUCUACGAUCCAAACCAAAAUGGUGCUGUGCUCCAUCAUCGCUGGUGUGCUGCACUCCCUCUACCUGGCCUCCUUCACCUGGAUGCCCCUUGAAGGGCUACAGCUUUUCCUAACCGUCAGAAACCUCAAGGUGGCCAGCUACAUCAUUACGGGGAAGUUCAAGAAGUUCAUGUAUCCUUUUGGCUACGGGGUCCCAGCUCUGAUUGUAGCUGUGUCUACAGGUGUUGGACACAGCAGUUAUGGGAUACAUACUAAGUAACCACGGUGUCUUUGUCAUGAGGAAGUAAUAAUAUAUGUAUGAACUCCCAUGUAUUGAACAUCUACUACCUGCUCUGUUGUAGGUGCUGUGGGCACCCCAGGAAGCAAAGCAGACAAUAAGCAAAUAGACAUGGAAUAUGAUAUUGGGCUACAAUAGGUGCCACCACAGAGAGGCAAACUAGGGAAAUGGGAAUGUGGUCAGGGAAACCACUGAGAGGUAAACUUCGUAUGUCAUAUGUUAUUUGACUUUUUAGAUGUCUUACUUACUGUAUUAAUUUCCUAUUGCUGUGCUAACAAGUUAGCUCAAACUUGGUGACUUAAAACAACGCAAGUUUAUUAUCUUAUUUUGAAUUCUGUAGGUCAGAAGU